CCUUAAAAAAGGUGAUUAAUUUCGAAAAAUUUUCAUUCCCUUGAUAAUGUAACCGAUCCCCAGGAUGAUCUUCAAAAACGUUGUUCUUUCAUGAGGAAGACUUUUCUGCUAAAAAUUUUCAACAUAUCUAAAAACCAACCUAAUCUAUUAUUACAUUAAAUGAGUCCAGGUAAUAAACGAAGGACUAGCCAAAAUUUUUUUUUUACUUUUUUCGCGGCGGAGUACUUUUUGUGAAAAAAUGUUUACCUCACAUUGGCUUUAAAAAUCGCAGUUAUCAAAAACCUUAUUCCUUCGAUCAGUACCUGACAAAUACUUAUUCAUAUAUCAUUUCAAAUUUCAAGUCGAUCGGCCCAGUCGUUUCGGAGUAAGUUUCUUCACAAGUUUUAGGAACCGACUACACUAAGUUAAAAAAUUCUUACAAAAAAGCUCAUAUCUUCAAAGCGAUUAUCCGGAUCAACUUCAUACUUUCGUUUUGAGGUGAAAUCAACCAACAAACUCUCUUCAUCAAGUUUUUAACACCCAGAAGGAAUGAUAAAAAAAUCCCAUUAAAUAUGCAAUAUAUAAAAGUCCACUUAGCCAUGCUCAUCUGCCUGUUUAUACUUAGAUUUAAGAUAACGAUCUGAAAUUUUGCACAGCGAGCGAUCAAAAUCAACACUUGUGCCGAAUCUUUUGCAUUUGUGAGCAUUUUUCUUGUGUUUUUUUUUUUUGUAAAAUGUUCGCCACACUUUAAACAUUUCUGUGUAGUGUAUUUUUAAUUAUAUUACACCAACAGCAACUGCAAAGAUGGAAAGGGGAAACAAACAGGAGGACAUUACUCGCUCAAAGAUGGAAAUAUCGCCACACAAACUUCAAAUAAUUUAAAAAAAGUAAUUAUGCGCCGGUGUUCAUUAUCACGCCGCUUUUUUUGUGUGCCAGUUACUUGUUGCUUUUUGUUUUACAAAAAUAUUCACAGCUCUUUUUGGAGCAUUCCGUUCGUUGGAAUAAACUUUGUAAAUAACAAUACUGAUUUUUGUUGUUAUUUUUAUUUGGGAAUAAAGACGUUAAGUCAAUAAACAUAUUUUUUAUAUAAAUAGUUUAUCGAUGAAUAGUUGUAUUUAAAAUGUCAGUUAGUAACUUUAGGUACACUCCGAUUCCCGAAGAAAAACGAAUAUCUCACGAUUUCAAGAACGUCAAUGUAAUACCGAUAUGGGCAGGAUAUGCCGUUCAUGAUUUCGGCACAAAAGCGUUGGCGUAUGAGGAUCGUGAAAAUUGGGGCGCGAUAUUGAAAACUUUCGGAAUUGCCAUGGCCAUGUUAAUCAUAAUUAUUGCGGUACUGCUGAUUGGGCUGAUCUAUUUAUGUUUGCGCUGCAAAGGUUAUCUAAAUCCCAUCAGAGACUAUGCUGAGAGAAGUAAUCAAAGAUGUGUGCGCUGCAUUUUAACGCUGUUGAUGCUCUUUUUACUCGCAGGACUUCUCUAUUUUGUGGUCAUGGCUAUAAAAAACACGGUUUCCAAAAGGCGCAUGCAAGAGGAUAAAAAUUCAAAAGCAAGAGAUGAUUUCUCUUCCGCGACCUCUCGGCAAUUAGAUCACGUUUUCGGUUUGAAUUAUGAGGAGUUCCAAGCGCAAGCGCGUGAUUCGGCUAAUGACUUAAUCCGCAAUUGGAUUGGAGGAACGGGCGGAGUAAGCGAUGAAUCGAGAACUCUCUGCCCGCCUGCUGAGAAUAUAACCGAUGUAAAUAUGUGCGUGGCAAAGGUCAACAAUGAAUUUGAGCUAUUGUGUUUAGGAGUCUUGGAAUGGGGCGACUAUAUGCAUUUUUUCUAUCGAAAUAUGACGAUAUUAAUGGCUGAAACGGAUGAUGGUCGCAAAGUAUUAAAAGAAUUAGAUUUUCAGAACUUUCUUUCAAAAACGAUUCAAGUGGAAAAGCUCUUGGAUUUCUAUCGCAUCUUCAGCAUUGUGGACAAAUUUUUUUACUCCUUUUCAAAGCUUUACAACACGACCAUAAAUUGGCCAGAGAAUUUACAAAGUAGUACUAAAAAUGCAUUAUCUCCGUAUUUGCUAGAAAUAACAAAGGAUUUGGGCGAUAAAGGUGGUCAAUUUCAAUCGCUUUCAACGACACUUGCCAGCAGAUCGCGUGGAGAUGACACCGACGAUGCAGAUAAUGAAAGGGGCGGUACGGAAGAAGAGGAUGAUAAGGCAAAAGAGCCGCUGGUGAUUUUUAUACUGGACAUAAUAUGCUAUGCACUUCUGCUAUUGAUAACUGUUGUAUUAUUAAUAGCGUUGCUGCUAAGAUGUUGUGGUAAACGUUACAGAAGUGAAGCCAGAUGCUGCAAUCAAGAAAAUGGUUCCUGCCUUUUCCAAUUCGCAGCUUUUUUGAUGUUCCUAUUUCUGCUACUCGUGUUGUAUCCAUUUCUGUGGCAUUUUGUCCAUGGUGCUGGCCGUUAUAACAGUGUUUGUACAAGAAAUGACGCACAUAAACACGAGCGCGCCUUGGCAAAUACUGAAGACACUUGCUUAGAUGAAAGAACAUUUAAAACGAUCCUCAAUGAUCAUGUCGAUAGACAAAUAAAGGUAAAUAUUUCAAAUAAGAGUACUGCUGAAGAUGUGAAACCAAGUGCAGCGGAAUUACAUAAGUACACAAUAAGUUUCAAGCAAAGCGCGAGAAUGUCAAAAACCCUCGAUCUCAAAAACAUGUGUGAAGAUAUUAAGAAUAGAACUGACCCCAAACACUUGACUGAGGUUUACACACAAAUGCUAAGGUACGUCGAUGGCGAUAUGCCCGAUAAUCAAGUGAAGAUGUUGUCACAGUGCAAUUUGGGAAGCUUAAAGAAGCUCAGAAUAGACGAAUACAAACAGAGUGGAAUUUAUAAAAGUGCCGAGCGUUUAGCCAGCUAUUGCAACAGGGUCGUGGAGUUCUAUACAGAAAAUUAUGCCAAAAUUACCGGUGAAUGUCUAAAUGGAAUGAUGAAUGUGAAAAACAAUUUAUCCAAACAAAGUAAAAAUGACUUGAGUGAAAUAAUGGCGGGCUUGGACAACAUGUACGCCAAAGAACUUGACGGUUAUUUAGACAUGGCCACUGAUAGGGUGGUUAAUAAAGUUACUUUGUGUCGAAAAGUUACGUCUAUGUCAGCUGAUCGUACAAAAAUGGAUUGUGAUGCAUACACAGAUUUACAGAAUGUUUCAUGGAGUGCUUUUUUGAUGUUGAUAUGGCUGAUAUUGCCGCUAAUUCCCAUAGCACUUUACUUAGCCAGAUUAUUUGGUACGUCCAGGGGCAGUUGCUGUUCGUGCGAGCAAAGCGGAUCAGGAGCUGCAGCCCGACGCAAUGAUAGAUGGAAUACUGAUUCGGUAAUGGAUGCAAUGCAGCGUCACUUAUAUAAAUCUCUUUGGGAAGAUUCAGUAAGAUCGGGCCCUUCGAAUGGUCGAUGCGACUGCGAAGCAGCGCGGGCAGCUUACAAGCAGGGGCCUUUUUUGUGACUAUGGUAUUUGCGAAUAAAAUUAAAAAUUUAAUUUUAGAAUUUUUCUUUUUUUAAUUUAAAAAUUUUGACAACCCGGUUAUAAGUUCUAAUUUUCUUUUGUAAAGGAAUGUUCUAUCCAAUCUUUAAUAUUCUGAAUUUAUAUUGGAUUUAUGCUUUUAAACAUAGUUUACAACCCGAUAAGUGCACUACUAACCACAUGAGAGUUGUAUUCGAUCUUAGAAUCUCAAUUAACCUGCUAUACUAACCUAUUAGACACUAUAUUUGUGUUGUUGUUUAUUCUGUAAUGUUAUGUGAAAUUAUCCAACUUUGCAAAUAUUUCCCAAAAAUAUCUUCUUGCAAAACCUAACUACUUACCUGCUAGGAAUAGUAGUAGCGGUAUUUGAAUUCGUUCCCGUGACAGUCGGCUCUACGUAACUGGAACGGAUUCGUAUUUUGAUCCGGCGAAGGACUGUCAUACCGGCAGCAUUCCUCCAAAUUACUUGACGAAUGUUUUAGGCCUUUACAACAAUAGCAACAGAUAUGUGAAUAAUACUAUAAAAAAAUAAUUAUGAAUCAUAGGUCUAUUGUGUAGGACAAACUCGAAUUUAUUAUUUGGGUUUCAAGGCUUAAAAAAUAUAUUGACUUACUUCAUUUUAUAACAUCUUUCGAAUAAGGACUCAAGUUGAUCUGAGUAAUAGCUUUCGUUUUACCGUCGUCUAAUACCUAUUUAUGGUCUUAACUAAAGCACAUAUUUCUUUCUUUUUACUAUCGAUGAUCUGUUCUACUGUCAACACUGUCAUUUUUCAUAUGAAAAUAAAAAAUAUUUUUUUUUGCUUGACGAAAUCCAUCCAACCUUUUAUGUUAUAUCCACCAGAAUUUUUUUUAAGAAGCAUUUUAUUGAAUACAUAUAUAAAUAUGAAUAAUGUAGAUUUACAGAAUAUGGUACCUCAAAAAACGGCGAUUCAUUUCGAAAAAUAUUCAUUCCCUUGAUACUGUAACCGAUCCUCAGGAUGAUCUUCAAAAAAGUUGUUCCUUCGUGAGAAAGGCU